CAAGCUGAGGAUAGAAAAAAAUGGCACUGCUAUCUCUGUUCAUUGCUUCUCUCCUGGCCUCUGCCACCUUGGACACCGCCAGGGCGGUCGAAUAUGAGGUGAGCAACAAUGCCGCCGGCACCCCCGGCGGCACCCGCUUCGACAACGAGAUCGGUCUCGACUACAGCAAGCAAGUGCUGGAAGCUGCCUCUUCCUUCAUAUGGUCAACCUUCGAGCAGUCGGAAGGGGACAGGAAGGAUGUCCAGCUCAUCACUCUGGUGAUCGAAACCAUGGAUGGCGUCGCAUACACGAGCAACAACGGGAUCCACGUCAGCGCCAACUACAUCGCCAGCUACUCCGGCGAUGUGAAGACGGAGAUCACCGGCGUGCUCUAUCAUGAGAUGACCCAUGUCUGGCAGUGGAACGGCAAUGGUGCAGCCCCAGGAGGGCUUAUAGAAGGGAUAGCAGACUAUGUGAGGCUUAAGGCUGGGUAUGCUCCGAGCCAUUGGGUUAAGCCUGGGCAGGGAGACAGGUGGGAUCAGGGUUACGAUGUUACUGCUCGAUUCCUUGACUACUGUGACAGUCUUAAGAGUGGUUUUGUGGCUCAGCUUAAUGCCAAGAUGAAGAAUGGGUACAGUGAUGACUUCUUUGUGGAGCUUCUUGGCAAGACAGUGGAUCAGCUUUGGAAUGACUACAAGGCUAAAUAUGGAGGUUGAGAUCGUUGUGUUGUAAUAUAAUAAGUUUGGAAUAAUGUAUACCGUAUGAAUAGCGUAGAACAUAUUUGUGCCUGUACGCACUGUAAACCGUGGAGAGCAUGCAUGUUCUGCCCUUGAAUAAACUUUAUUACUAUUAAAUUA